AUGUGCUACCGCUUCCGACUUGCAUUUGUACCAUUCAUCGCGCUCGCGCUCGAUCAAAACGACCCGACGCUGCCCACCAAGUCAGGCGUCAAGACGUGGGUCGACGUUGAGACGCCGGUCGAGUUUCACACCAUGACAAGUUCCCGGGGCGAUCCGUGGGACUUGAUCAUGAGCGACGAGUUCAACUUGGAUGGGCGCAAUUUUACCGCCGGCCACGACCAUCUCUGGGUUGCUCUUGACAUUCCCGAUGGCGUCAACAGCGCCGUGGGUAUCUACACCCCCGAGAAUGCGCUCACUCUCGACGGCACGUUUCAGAUCCGCGUCGACGCGACCGAGACCAACGUCACGUACUACAACGUGUGGUCGGAUGCGCCGUCGUGGACGACAAAGACGAUGUACUACCGCGCGGCCAUGGUUCAAACCUGGAACAAGUUUUGUAUCCAAGGCGGGUUUGUCGAGAUUUCAGCCAAAAUGCCCGGGGCAACCCAUGUGUCGAUGAACCCCCACGUGAUGGGAAAACGCUGGGACCACCAACUGCAGCGCGAUGUGCCCGUCAAGCCGCUCGACCGCAUCCCCGACAUCCGGUUCUACCCGACAUGGCCGGGUCUCUGGAUGAUGGGCAAUCUGGGCCGCGCGCUCUUUGCGGCUUCCACCAACCGCGUCUGGCCGUGGUCGUACAACGAGUGCGACGAACGUUACCGGACGUCCCAGCGCAUUAGCGCCUGCGACCCUAACCCUGGGUAUGGCUUGCACCCAAACAUGGGUCGCGGGUCCCCCGAGAUUGACAUUCUCGAAGGCGGCGGUAGCGACAUCUCGUCGUCACUGCAGCUAGCGCCGGGCAUGCCCGACGAGUACCGUCUCGUCGAGGCAACCAUGACGUACGAGGCAACGACGAACGUCGACUCGAAAGGCCGACACGGUGUCGGGUACACGGCGUGUUACUACAACAAGAACUGCUUGACGCCCGGUGCCAACAUGGCCGACAUCCCGACGUCGGCGUUUGCGGCCCGCGGACACAAGUCGUGGUACCAAGGCCUCCGGUACGCCGCCAACAACCGAUGUGCACCGGACGCGACCCAAAAACAAGCGUGGGCGUCGGUCGCUGCGGCGCAGAACGGCACGAUCGAGGACAACCAGUUUGACAUCAAGACCAUCAGCUCGGGCCGCGAUUUACAUGCCGACCUCGGUUUGAUUGACGGCAAGGGGCCGCUGCACUGGGGCAUCAACUACAACGGCACGUGCUUCCCGAUCGCCAACGGAUACAAGGGCAAGUUCCUCUGUGACCGCGACAGCCAAAACCCCAAGUGCGAGACGCCACGCCUGGAGAUUCAGACGCCGACGUCGAUGAUGGAGCCGUUCGAGUACCAAAUGGACGCCAUUUCGUCCAACUGGCCCAUCAGCUACGAAGCGUACACGUCGUUCUACAAGUACCAGCUCGAGUGGGUCACGGGCGACGAUGGUUACGUCCGUUGGAUGCUCGACAAGGCGCCGAUCUUUGAAGUCCCAGCGUCAGCGCUCACGUCACCGCCCCAGGGCACGCCUCGCAACCCGAAGAAGAUUAUGUUUGAAGAGCCGAGCUACUUUAUCUUCAACGUGGCCAUGUCGGCGGCGUGGGGAGCGAUACCACCAAAUGUGAAAGUGGGCGGCUGCCGGGGCAAUGCGACGCAUCCAGCACCAGGCACCUACGACUACAACGCCUCCAACAACAUUUGCGACGCGUUCCCGAUGUUUAUGGAAGUGGACUACAUCCGUGUCUGGCAAGACACAAAGACCAUGAGCUACGGCUGCGACCCGGCCUCGCACCCAACGAAGGAGUUCAUCAAGGCGCACAUCACCAACUACACGGACCCACGCAACCACGAUAUUGUCGUUGCUGGAGGCGCGUCUUGCACCUCGAACGACGACUGCACUGCCGUCGCCAGUGUCACGGGGACGUGUGUGGAGCACCGGUGUCAGUGCGUCAGCGUCUGGACGGGACCCCGAUGCACCAAGUACGACCUCGACACGUACGGACCGUCGGCGGCCUCCAUCACCGGAGUCCUCGCCGCCGUUGCCGUUGCGUCCGUCGUAGCUCGAAUGUGGCGCCGUCGUCACGACCACGUCGUUCUUCAAACCCAUGAGAUCGAAGUGCGGCGUGAAAAACGCAGCUCAUGCUUCGCCGUUGACGCCAACGCUGUGCAUGAACAGUUACCGUAA